GCCGAUAGCGUCACAAACGUGGAGACCAAUGCCCUCUCGCAAACUUCGUUGUCUGUCAAGUGGAAAAACCCUGCGAAUUACCAUGGUCCUGAAGGCCCAACAAAACUACACCUUUGGGCGCCAAAUGGAAUGGAGCAAAUGAAAGAAGCAGAUAAGAACCCUUUUACCUUCGAGGAGCUCAAAUCCAUACCAAGCCAAAUACAGAACAAUGCGGUGGCGGGUACGGAGAAGAAGUUCUUGCUGGCCUUGUCUACCUGGAAUCGAAAGGUGGGCAUACAGAAGCGUCAUUUUAUCACUGCAUCCACCCUGGUUUUGGCGUUGGAAGUUGUGGAAACAGUUGUGUGUAAAAAGCCCAUCACUCCACCGAAAGUGACAUUGACCGUUACGGGUGCGACCGGCCUCAGAGCCGAGUGGACUCAAGAAGCACCUGCUACUCAACCGGAAAUCCUGGCCUACACCUACAAACUCACCGAAACCGAGGGUGGUCGUUUGGUGCGAAAUGGCUACUUACCAGUAACUGCUCGAAGUCUCGCACUGAACAAGCUAACGCCCAAUACCGAGUACGAGCUCGAGGUCUCCGCCAACGGUCUCUACACCCACGGCAUCGCUCAUGUGUCCGCAACCACGGCCCCAGGCGCUUAUGUAAGCCCUCUCCCCUCCUAG